AUGCACGGAGAAACCAUUCAAGUAUUUGCCUUGGGGAUGAUCUUCUAUCACGGGGCACUUAGCGGGUCAAGCGAAAAAGCCUCGAAAGUAGCGAGUGUUAUUUCGCUUGUGAUGUUUAUGCAUAAAGCAUGCUGCAAUAUGCACAUGAAGAAAUUUAUAGAGAGCAUUCCCUUCAGUACAAGCGCAAUGAACGGGUCUUUUUUGGUCAUAGGAGUCCUCACGGUGAUAGAGUCUGUUAUCGUCCAUUUACUUCGGAGGUUUCUUCCGGGAGUGCUUUUCUACGGGCUGGAGCGAGUGGGGGGACUCUUCAUCUUUCUUUCUUUGGUCCUGAUCUUUUCCUCCCUCUGGAUACUCUCCAAGAACGACAUUAAAAUGUGCGUAUACAUCGACCAGGGAAUAUACGCGUAUAUAAGGCAUCCUUACUAUCUGGGACUGGGGUUUCUGUACGUGGGAAUAUGCCUGAGUAUGGGAAAUGUCCUUUCCAUCAUUAUUGCUGCAGUUACGCUUAGCGAGAAGGUUCUGGACGUGAUAAAAAACGAGGAGAUGCUUCUCAUUGAGAGGCACAAGAGCUAUGCGAAAUAUCGGGAGAGAGUCCCCAGCGGAAUCCCCGGGUGUCUCUCGCAGGGAGAGAACUCCCUCGAGAGCUUUGACACGACUUCUAGCGCUCUCAUGUGA